AUGACCGAUCCAGACGCAUUCUGGCCGUUGUAUCGCACAGAAGGGAAUACGUGGGAGAUGAAGAAGGCAGAUGCUUCUACUAAGCUCCGCUCGUUCAACUUUGUGCUGACUCUGAGAAGCGUUCUUAUUUUCAAGCGCACACCGGGUCGCUCUAUCGAGGACUUGAGUGUGGAAGUUGCGUAUCCGAUUUCUGGAAGUUUUUCGUUCUCUGUUGCACAAGCAAGGAGAAAAACUUUAGACCUUCGCGCAUCUGGGGGAGAGACUGCCGCUACGCUAGCUAGACAUGAAUUCGAUGCUGAUUUCUCUUGGCUAUCACUUUACACGCAAGAGAGCUCUUUGAAAUAUUUGCGCAUGGUCAAUGCACCGUUGCAUACGCGACUUUCGCCGGCAAGUGCGGGUCUUCCAGGAGACGAUGCGGAUGAUAUCAGCAUUGUUCGCGAAAAUUGGAUCUAUAACAAAGCUAUUGAAGAAGCUUUCACUGGGUCAUCGGCGCGCCUGCUCAUCCGCACGGGGACAUUCAAUGUCAAUGGAAAAAUGCCGUCGCAGGACCUAUCGCCCUGGCUCAGACAAACAAAGCGGAAUUCAGAGAUAUCGGGAUGGAUCUCACCUUUGAAAGCCAUAUCACCACUCGACAUACUUCCAAACCCAGUUGAUGAACAUAUGACCACCAGCCUAGGAGCUUCUUCUGCCACACUAGCUCAUGCAAGUUUGAACAACGACGCAAAGGUCUCUGAUCCAGAUCUCCUUGUGCUAGGCUUCCAAGAACUAGACCUUUCAACCGAAGCCCUUUUGUAUGCUACCAGUACCGUCAGGGAAGAUGCGUGGGUGGAAGCCAUCUUGGCUGGGUUGGGUGAGAGAGGCAUUCUCUACGAGAAGCUCGCUUCCAAACAGCUGGUUGGCAUGCUGAUCGUUGCAAUUGCGAAGAAGUCGCGUCUGUCAUGCUUUAGUGACAUCAGAUUUAGCACCGCUGGUGCAGGAAUCAUGGGCAUUAUGGGCAAUAAAGGUGCAACAGCAAUACGGAUGUCAUACACACCUUUAGCCCAAGAGAUCUCCGCAAGUCCCACAGUACUCACUUUUGUUAACGCACAUCUCGCAGCAUUCGAUGAAAUGAUAGAGAGGCGAAACUUUGACUUCCACGAUCUUUCCAGGCGCCUAGUCUUUGAUCAGACUGACGAGCUUGAUUCUAAUUCUUAUGCGAACACCGCAUCGGAAACUUCGAGAAGGCCUGUUGGGUUGUUUGAAAGUGACGUAUUAUUCUGGAUGGGAGAUUUGAAUUACAGGAUAGAUCUUGCGGACGGGGACGUCAGAGAACUACUAACAUCUUUUCCAGGCCCGGGUAACGUCCCACUUUUGCUUAAGUAUGAUCAGUUGAAGAUGGCUAUCGCAAGCGGGAAAGCAUUUGCCGAGUUCUCGGAGCAUGCAAUUACACAUAUGCCUUCGUACAGAUACGCGUCAAAUACAUCAGAAGAUUCUCUGGGAUAUGAUCGAAAGCGCAAACCCGCAUGGACGGACCGCAUAUUACAUAUGUCGGCUCCAAGUGUUUCAGUCACCCAACGUUCAUACUGCAGCCAUCCUCAAAUAACAUUGAGUGAUCACCGUCCAGUAUCAGCUGAUUUCGAUUUAAACAUAUCAAUUGUUGACAAGCAGAGACGUGAGAUCGCCGCCUCUAAGCUGUAUCGGGAGUUAUGGGGCGUGGAACAUUCUUCCGAAACACCGAAAAUCAAGCUGCAGCCAAUGAAAUUGGACUUUGGAAAAAUCCCCUGCGUUUACCGAUUUGUCACUGCAGAUGCUGAACAGCCAAUCUGUCCACAAUGGCUUAAGAUUGAUCCUGUGGUGGGCCUACUUCGUCCGGGUGAAUCGUCGACUAUCACUGUCACAGUGUUUGUCGAUAACUCGCCUGCGUCACGGCUGAAUCUUUUACCGCCCCGCUUGGAUUUUACCCUCAUACUGCAUACUGCUCUAGGGAAAGAUCACUUCAUCUCGGUCACCGGCGAAUACCAAUAUACUUGCUUCGCAAACAAGCUUGCCAGACUUACACGACUUCCCUGUCCCGUGCGAUCUAUGAAGUCUCCGAACGAUCAGGUGCCUGCCCAGCAGCUAGUAAACGCUCCGCGGGAGAUCAUGAGAUUGAUCAAUUGGUUGAUGACCUAUGUCACCGAUCCAAUUGAUUUAUUCAAUGGUCUUAUUGAAGAGAGAAUAUGCAUAAACAUCAGAGAGGAGAUCAAUUCCCAUCCCCCCAGUCUGGAGAAGAACACGUUAUUGGACUCGUUGGUAGAUCCUGUGGUGCCCCCUUACCUCCAUGCGCGGUGUCUGCAAAUGACAAGUAGAGACGAGGCAUUCGAGGUAUGGAUCUCGCUUACUGCAUUCCUCCAUUAUAUGUCCCUGCAAAAACUGUCGUCACAAUCAUCGACGAAUCAAGCGGAAAUGACAGAAAGGCUGGUAUUACUGCGGGACGACUCAAUAGGGCUUUACACCCCCGUGUCUCCAAUCGGAAAACGGAAGUUUUUGCUUCAUUUUGUUGGCUGA